AUGAACGCGGAAGAACCAAGUCUUCUGAAAACCGAAGUAGAGUACGCGAUAAAACAACUCAAGGCAAACAAGAGCCCAGGGCCAGACGAAAUAUUACCCGAAAUCUUAAAGCUAAUAAGCGAAGAAAACAUCGACCUGCUUGUCGCUCUCUAUAACCGCAUUUAUGAAACUGGCAAAAUACUUCAAGAAUGGAGCGGAAUGGGCACGAGAGAGGCUUUGUUUAGCCUACUGGUGCUAGCGCAAAAAUGCUAUGAUCAACAACGAGACAUCUUCAUCUGCCUCAUAGACUUCGAAAAAGCAUUCGAUCGAGUGAGACACGAUCUGCUCAUAGAGUCGCUUCGUGGCGUGGGCCUGGAUGAAAAGGACAAUGCUCUAAUACAGAACCUAUAUUGUAACCAGAGCGCUAGAAUCAGAAUAGAGGGAUCCAAGUCCUACCAACUCGGGAUUGAAUUUACAUUUGACAGAGCCCUGGCAGACAUCUCAGAGGGAGUCAAAGUUAAUGGCGUGAACAUAAACAGCAUUAGAUACGCUGACGAUACUAUUCUAAUCGCCGACUCGGAUGUGGGUUUGCAGCGACUCCUCGACCGCGUUAGCAAUACCUGCGAAGAGUUCGAUAUGAAAAUAAACGUUAAGAAAACUAAGCUCAUCGUCAAGGGAAAGAUCGAAGGCAAGCGGGGGCUGGGUCGGAAGAAACUGUCACGGCUGAGGAAUAUACUCGUGUGCGAUAAUUACAAAUUGCGGCCCAGCGGGCUCGAGAGUGUCGCAGACGUCGUUUAUCCGGGGGGGCAGGCCGAUUCGAGGGAGCGGAAAAACGAGAUGAAACGCGCGUGGCACCUGGGUUUUCGCGGCCGCACACUCCGCGCGGAGAAACCUUUCGACACGAUACCGAACAAAAUUAUUCUGUUGCUCCAGCCUGGCUAUCCGUUCGGAUUAACCAAAACACUACGGUUGAUCCAACUUUACAGAACCUUGUCGAAGACGCAACAGGCGCGAGCGCCGUCGGCGUGGGGCCCAAAUGGAAGACGCCGACGACCCUCGGGCGGUUUCAGGAGAAAGAGGCAGAGCGAGCGCGCGCGCGCUCCUCCGUUUCAGCAUCCCUCCCACCUGAAAUUUCAGUUGGCACGCGUCCACGUGUGUAAAUAUAGCCGCGGCUACUGA